AUGCCGUCUCUCCUUAGCGACGCAGACAAAGAGACCGUUAAACGAACUGUCCCGAAAGCCUCGAACAAGAUCCAGGCCGUUGCGGUGGCCAGGUUAUACGUGGCGUAUCCCGACAGGUCGAGAUGGACGUACACGGGCUUGCAGGGAGCAGCGGUCCUCUCGAACGACACGGUGGGAAAUACUUUCUGGAUUAAGCUGGUGGACAUAUCGACCUCCAACAGAGGCGUCAUAUGGGACCAGGAGAUUUACGACACAUUCGCCUAUAACCAAGAUCGAACCUUCUUCCACUCCUUCGAGCUUGAAGAAUGCCUUGCCGGCCUGUCGUUCGUGGACGAGAAGGAAGCGAAGAAAUUCAAGCAGAAGAUGGAUGAUCGGGAGAAGAAUGCCACCAAGGCGACCAAGGCACAACCUUUUGGUUCGAAUGCUGCUGGUGGAGCAAUUCCACGAAUGAACGGAAGCAAGACUCACAGUCGACUGGGUGGAUUUGGGAGUCUUCUUCACCCUCACAGAAACUCCUCGGCUCCCACUGUAACGCAAGCCCAGUCUGCUGUAUCGCCGAGCGAACCUGUCUAUGAUGGCCCCAGUAGCCGUCGAAAUAGCUCCGGCAUUGACCUUUCGGACCCUACCUGGAAAGGGAUGCUUGAUGAACUAUUGGAGAUGGGCAUCACGAGGGACCAAAUUGAGCAGAACGCGGACUUCAUCAAAGCAUACGUGGCGCAAAAACAGGCGACGGAAGGCAUAGAUAGUACUCCAGAUACUGUGCAGGCGAGAAGCCAGGUUGCACCACCUCCUCCACCUCCUCCGCCGCCACCUGCUGGACCACCCAAGCUGAGUCCUCAGAAUACCGGUGCUGCAUCUUCCAAUCGAAGAGGGCCACCUCCAGCACCUCCGCCGUCGCGCAGACCAGUAGGAGGCCGGCAACCAUCGCCGCCAACACCACAUAGAGACGACUCUCCGCCACCCCCUCCCUCCCCUCCCUUAAUAUCGCAACUCAGGUUCUCCGCGCUCCACCUCCGCUAG